AAUACCAAUUAAUUUAUAAUAAAUUAAAAAUAUUAAAAUUGAAAGAAAUUUUAAUAUUUUUUCUAUUUAAUAAUUUUUAGAGUGCAUAUUCAGUUUUCUUUUGAACAAUUAAGUAUGAUUCUUCUUUGGUUAAUUAUUAAAUUUAUACUAUUAGUAAACUAUAUAGAAUCAACUUGUUCAAGAAUUAUUGUUGAUAACAACACCACAAAUAAUAAAAAUAAAAACAUCAAAAAUAAACAAAGUUAUAAUACAUUAGAAGAUCUAGAGCAUAAAUGUGUAAGAGAAGUGCUAAAAACUUACUUAGAAUAUGAUCGGAAUUAUACAAUAAUAUCAGAGGGUAAAUCAAGAAAAUUUGUUUAUAAUAAAAUUGAAGUAUGCUGCGAUGGUUAUAAACGUUCAAAAUACGAUUGGAACAAAUGUGUCCCAGAUUGUACAAAUUGUGAUCAUGGAGUUUGCUUAGAGCCAGGAUACUGUAAAUGUUUUCCGAAUUAUGUUAAAAAUCAUGAAGAUCAAUGUGUUUUAACGUGCCCUGUUGAUUGUAAUAAUGGUCAGUGCAAAGCUGAUGGAACAUGCAAAUGCAAUCCUGGUUAUGUUUUAGAUGAAAGUGAAAAAUUUUGUCGGCCUUUUUGUGACAAACGCAACGAUUGUGAAUCGAAUUAUUAUCAAUAUUGCAGUGCUCCCAAUAUAUGUUCCUGUAAAAAAGGUUAUCAAAUUGCUAGAUAUCGAUGUGAACCUAUUUGCAAAAAUAAUUGUGGUGUUAACGGAACAUGUGAAAGUCCAAAUGUCUGCAGAUGUCACAGUGGUGCUAUUUUAAAGAACGGUAUAUGUCAAGCCCCAUGUUACCAAAAAUGUGAAAACGGAAUAUGUGUUUCACCCAAUCGUUGCAUUUGUUUUGACGGCUAUACAUAUGAUCAAAAAACUACUUCCUGUAUACCAGAAGAAAGAUUGUUGAGGAGCAUCGAUAUAGAAAGCAUGGACAUUUAAACUUGAUGUGACAUAAUCCGAAAUUAUUUUCGUUACCGGAAAUUAUGGUUUUUUAUUAAAGAAACCUAAAAGUUAGACGUCUCAAAUUAUUUAAAGUUUGCUUUGACAAAAAUAUAUGCAAAAUAUAUACAUACAUAUGUAUAUGUACAAUUAGUUAUCUCUCAAAUUAAAAAAAUUGUUUUAAGUUCAAAUUCGAAGUUAUAAGAUCCUGGCUAAUUAUGGAAAAAAUAUUUGAUUUUAAUGUAAAUAAAAUUUGGCUAAAUCCCA